AUGGCUUUCCUCAUGAAGCAGAUGCUGGGGGAUACACUAAAGAAUAUGACGGGCGGUGGAGGAGGAGAUGAGGGUGACGGAGCCGCUUCAGAUGGAAAAGAGACGGCAGCAUCCAAAGGCAUGACCAGAGAGGAGUUUGAGGAGUAUCAGAGGCAGCUCAGAGAGGAGCAGAUUGAGAGAGACAGGGAGUUUGCGACGAAGAAGGCAGAGAGAGCAAACCUGCGGAUUCAGCUGAGGGACAAAUACAAGAUUCCUGGGAAUGCUCAGGAUGACGCUACUGUUCAGAUGGCUGGGGACGACUUGGAUCUGCCUGAAGACCUGGCCAAGAUGGUGGAGGAAGAUGAAGAGGAAGAGGAAACAAACGACUCAUUUUUGGGUAAACUUCAGAACAUGGAUUUGGACUUGGACACAAUUAAAACUAAAGCCCAGACCAGAAUGAACGAGGCGAAGCAAGCAGCAGAGGAGAAGUGUGUUACCAUGUAA